CCACUCCUACUACUACUAAAACUACUACCACUACUACUGCCACUACAACAAGAAGCACUACAAAGCCAACAACAAAACCACUGACCACUACGGCCUCAGCAGCAAUAAAACUCACAACAACCAACGUCAUCAAAACAAGAACAAAAGCUACAAGUACCUCAGCACCGUCUCCUACAACGACCACAUCCACGCCCAGGCCUGUAGCUUGUGGCGAAGCCCCGUUAAACUCCGGUUCCCCAGAUGGAAGCUUGUCAUCAGAAGGCGAGUGGCCGUGGAUGGCCAGUUUGCAGAAAGGAGGAAAGCAUGUCUGUGGAGGGACGCUGGUGUCUGAGGACAAGGUUCUGACCAAUGCCAACUGCAUUCCAGAAAACUCUGUUGUGUCUGAAUACACCGUGGUGUUGGGUCGUCUGAAGCAGAACGGAUCAAACCCUUCUGAGCAGUCUGUUGCUGUGGGAAGCAUCACUCGGAGCAACCUAACAGGUUCUAACAUCGCAUUGCUUCAGCUGUCAGCCAAACCCAAACUGACCGACUUCGUCUGGCCCAUCUGCCUGGACAACGGAAGAACCUUUGCACAGGGAUCCACCUGCUGGGCUGCUGGCUGGAGCUCUGUGAAUGGAGGAGCUGAUAAAGUUCUUCUGAAGUACCAGACCAAGGUUUUAAGUUGUGGGAUUGAUUCAGGAAACGACACCCUGUGUACCGGAGUGUUUACACAGGAACAGGGCUAUUCUGGCGACCCGCUAAUGUGUCAGCAGGAAGGAUCUUGGUUCCAGGUGGUCGUGCUCUCGUCCGCUGAAAUCCCUACCAGAUACAAGCGCCAGGCUUCUUUUAUGUCCUUUGAGAAACUGGACCGCUUCCAGGACUUCCUGAUUCGCUCUCUGGGGCUGUUUCUGACUCCAGUCGUCAGGAUCGACCCCGCCAGCACCAACAGCACCACCGCUGCUGCAACCGUCACCAUGACGACGAGCAGAGCGACCCGGAACCCCUUUGCCUCGCUGCUCUGCCUGCACCUGCUCCUCCUGGCGGCGUGCCUCCACCUCCUCCCAUAGACGUCCAGCUCCGCCUUUACAUGAUGUGAUGCACAAAUGAAUGUAAGCUGCUGCUCAGGGGGCGCUGUGGGUGCAACCAGUCAGGUUCUGGUUCUGGUUCUGGAGGAGCUCCAUCCACCUUUUCAUCCUCAGGAAGACUUUGUUUUUCCUGAGUCAUGUUUGGUUAGUUUGAUGCAACAGCGUGGAUCCAGAACCUGCUGGACAUCAGCCGGACUGAACUACCUCACCGCGCUGCGGCGGACGUUCCUAAUGUUUACAUGAAUGUUUGCACUGAAAUGAUUGAACGAAGCGAGUUUCAUCUGAUCAAAUCAACGGCUGUCUCUCAUGCUUUGAUUGCACUUUACUGUAAAACUAUUCAGAAUAAAUCUGUUUUCCUCUAAGCUGUGAA